AUGCUCCACCCCACAGCGUAUCGCGGUGUUUACUUUGACGAAGCCCCGCCGAACAUUCUUCCUUUCAGUGGCCAGACGUGUAGUGAGCCGUUCGCGUUGAAUUGCGAGCACCCGCUCACAUUCUAUGACGAAACAGAGACGCUGGCAAGCCAGUGCUCGAUCCUGGAAAGCUUCGGCAAGCCCACGCAGUGUAUUUCAUCCGUGUUUCCUAACGAGGUGGCGAGGCCUCAGAGUGACGUCACUCGUGCUGUGAGUUCCUUGGUGACAGCACAUCUUCCUAUCAUUCGUCGCUGUCAUCGAAGGAAGGUGCAAGCUAUUCUGACAGAGGCCCGUAGGAAGAUUGUUACGUACCAAGGAGCAUUGAGGAAGUUCAGGAGACCUCCUUACGGUCAGAAUGCGGUGACGUCGCAUCUGCUUCCUCGCUCCACAGCGGAGAAGCAUGCUGUGAGGAAGCUGAAAGCUGUGCAGCACAUGUGCAGCCAGAGUGCGGGAAGCGUCUCGUUCCGAAUUGGUCGUGGCGACAGCUUCGUGCGAGAGAGAACCGUGUCAUCGCUGAUCCAGAUCAGCCGCGUCGAAGAGAUUCCACCUCUGCGGCGGUACACGACGAGCAUUGGACUGCGUGGCAACUACCGCGUCGAGGACGAUCCGAUUCUACGCUACACUGCCAUCACAAGGUCGAGUGGAGCUGAGGGUGGGAAUGAAAGUGGUGAGAAGUACGGACUACAGGUAGGCAGUGUGGCUGACGAAGAGGUGGCGGAGUUCGUGCUGCGACUGGUGGUUGGUCGUCUUAGCGACUCGGAACAAGUGUUCCACGCGCUGAAGAGCGAGCUCGGCUUCUCUCAGGCGUACACAGCGUACAGCGAACUGAAGAAGCUGCACGACUCGAGGCAGCGAGCAGCCACCAGACUGGAUCGGAUGGAGAAGCUGGGUCGUGGUGGAAAGCAUGCGUGGGAUCCCGAUGUGGCAGCCAUUGUCAACUUGCUAAAGCAGUCGUCGUUAUCGAAAGCCAGCCGCGCGAAAGCCUUGAGCAGACGGUUGCAGCCGCCAAUAUGCAGUUUCGAGUCAAGCAUCGUGGACAGUCUCGUGGACGGCGCGACGGCAGGCAUCGCAGCGUUAGGCCUGCGUGCGACAGAUUCGUACCACGACUUGGUGGACGUGUACCAUGGCUCGCUCUGUCGGACGUGCUACAGAUACGCCUGCCACGAACAUGGAGGCGAUCACCCGCUACCGACCAGGCGAGUGGAUCCCGUCUACCCUCAAAUUCGCAAGACCAUGACUGAUCCAUCCGAGUAUGUCGAUACGUCGCACGUACCGUUGGUGGCGGAAAAGAUGCACACAUUCCUCUCUGCAGGAAGCCCAUGCAGCAAGAUGUGCUGGAAGAAUGAUGAGACCAUGGAUGCGAGUGCCCAGCGAACUACAUUAUCAGCAGCAGAGCUUGGUGUGCUUCGAAAGCUCCGAGAGACUAUGGGCGACAACUCGUGCCUGCUCUCGGCCAUCAUGGGCUCUGUUUGUUGUUUUGAGGUGCACGACAUGAUAAAAAAUGAGCAAGCAAAUAAUGACAACCGCGGAGGUGUGACGGAUGGUGUUGGGAGGUCGGGCCGGCGUGUCCGCAACUGGAAGCAGGGGCGCAGGGCGGGCGGAAGUAAUCACGAGCUGCUACAGCGAACACGCAACCAACGUCUGCAGGAUCGGGGCACGGAGAAUCAUGAAUACCAGCCACCACAUGUGCGAGAAAGCGUGUGCCUGCUCUCGCGACUGUCCAAAUAG